UCAUUUUGAGUUUCCGGUAAACUCUUUGUUUCCUUUCAUGUGUCCAACCAAUUAUUAUUGGAUUAUUCACCAUGGCAACCAGUGAAAUGUAUUUCUGAGUUAGGUUGGCUUGUUUUCAGAAUUCACAACGAAAUGCCUCCAGCUGUCCAUCACCACUGUAAAUAUAAAGAGUGGUUAUAGAGGGUGAGCGUGUGUGUGUGUGUUUGUGCGAGAGAGAAUCGAAACACACACAGUAACGUGUGUAAAUGAGUUCCGAGAGCAGAUCUGUUAUCCAACGAUUAGUUUCAUAUUAAAAACGGUUAAAUGUUUCUCAAAGAUGCUCUCUGGUGGUCAAACUAUCUCUAACGCGCGUUAAUGGCAACAAUGUCUGACACUUAAAUCAUAAAUAAUGUGCCAUAGAAUUCUGCGGCAGCCCGCAAGUUGUGUCAUACAUGACCGAUGACAUCACAAUGGUCUUAAAGCCAAUUUGAACAAUGGGUUAAUGAGGAAAUGUAUCAGUCUUCAUUGGUUAUCGACAUGGCUUGUUUCUGCUGGUGCAAAAAGGUAUGAAAUCAGGUCAUUUAAUCAAUUAACAACUACUAUAAUUCUGGAGUAGUAUUUUUCUCUUAAACCUAGUGGGAAGAAUAAAAGUAAAAUGACAUUCUGAUUGACGAAUACGUAAAAAGUGUACAUGAAAUGUACAUGAAGUUCGGCUAUUGCAAAUGUCACUCAAUGUAACCUGUCUAUACUGUGUUAUUUGAGGUUUAGGAUAGAUACCUAUGAUUCUCCAUUUAGGCCAACCUCUUCCUGCUCUCAUGACCCCCCUCUUCCAUUGGCUGGGGAUCUGGGGGGGGGAAGUAUUUAGCACUAUCACAUUUUCUUGUCAACAGAAAAAACGUCAGAAAGCAAAUUCAGUUGAUGUGGAGCAGAAGACAAGAAAGAAGAAGGAGAGGGGCACUUCAUCCCCCUCUCCAAUUCCAUCUGACCGUUCUGAACGGAAUGGCUCCGCUACCUCUGACCCCUCACCCUCUGACCAACUCUCCUCCCUCCAUCCACCUCCCUCUCCUGUUAAAUGUUCCUCUCAGCCUUGCUCUCCUGCUAAACAACCCUCUGUACCCCAGUCACCUGCCAAAAACCCUUCCCCAGUGAAAUCCUCUCCAGUGGUGUCCCACCCUAGUUCUCCCUCUCCUACCAACCCUCUGGAUCGUCAUGGAGACACCAGUCAGGAGGGCACAACAGUCAGACCUCUGUCUCUUCAGGACCACUCUAGUCCAAUGCCCCAGAGACCAGUCUCAGCCACCAGAAGCAUGACUCUUCCCAGGACCAGCUCAGCCACCAGAAGCAUGACUCUUCCCAGGACCAGCUCAGCCACCAGAGGGUCAGAAGAGACCCAGGGGGCCAGAGGAGAAUGGGGGGAACUGGUCAACAUGGAACUUCUUGGGUUGCCUAACAUUGGCAACACUUGCUUCCUUAACGCCACCCUGCAGUGCCUCCUGGUCCUGCCUUCCUUCUCAAAGGAAAUCCUGCACCAGGAACAACUCUGGAGCUCCUCCCCCUUCUCCAACCUGCUCAGGUGUCUGUCUGAUGUGCACCGUUCGGGUUUACCUGACAGUGUGGCAAACCAGGCCUCAAAAGCAGACCUCAUGUGGAAGGUCAAGUACUCCUUGUCAGGAUACGAUUUGAAGUAUCUGGGGGACACGCAACAGGACGCACACGAGUUACUCAUCAAUAUGCUGUGCCAGCUGAAGGAGGAGGGCAUGAUUCUGAAGACACUCGGGAUGAACUAUACCUGCCCUGUUUCCCAGCUGGAGUUCCAGCUUGUGUCGGUGCGCACAUGUACCAGCUGUGGGCGCGAGUCGUCUACCAGAGAGGACUACAACCACCUCUCAUUGGACUUCAGCCCUGAGCGCACCUUGCUGAACAGCCUAGCACUCACUUUCAAAAGUGAACAGGUUGAAUUCACAUGUGAGGGCUGUAAAGGCCUCCACGCCUCAAAGGUGGAGCAGUUCCACACACUGCCUCUUGUGCUGGUUCUGCAUCUGAAGAGGUUUGGAGGACCUGGGGGGUUGGAGAAGCUGGAGGCUCCUCUUUUGUUUCCUUCGGAGCUGAGGCUCUCCACCCUCUGUGGGGACAUGGUGCCACACCUGCACAGUGCCAGCCCACAGGCCCUCACCAACCAGGCCCCCAGCAUCCAGGGGUCCAUCCCCCAGACCCUCGCCAGCCAAGUCUCCAGCCCACCUGGAGUGGCCAAAGACAGCGCCCUCUGCUGUUCAUAAGCAGAAGCCAGUACAGUCAGUGAAUGGUUACUACCAGCUGACUGGCGUAGUCUCUCAUUUGGGAGGCUCCGCAAACUCCGGGCACUACAUUAGUGACAUAUUGCAUGCCAGUGGAAACUGGUUCUGCUGUAACGACAGCCAGGUGUCAAUGUCCAAUGAAGCCACUGUGCUGAGGACCAGAGCCCGGAGUGCCUACAUGCUCUUCUAUAUGUUCAGGGCAAUAGAGCGGGAGGCCCCAGCACACAGGGCCUAACAGGGCCACCAGCGUCAGCGCCAGCCUAAACAGGGGCAGCACCUGGACCAGCCCCAACACCCUCAGACCUGUCUCAACAGGGGUAGUACCAGGCCCUGCCUCAAAACCCCCUGCCCAGCCUCAACACUCACGCACCUGCCUCGAAAGGGGUAGCACUGGGCUCAACAUCAACAACCCCGAGCCCAGCCACAACAGCACUGGGCUCAACAUCAACACACCCAGCCCAGCCUCAACAUGGGAAGAACCAGGCCCAGCCUCAACAUGGGCAGAACAAAACCCAGCCCCAACACCCUCAGACCUGCCUCAACAGGUGCAGCAUUCAGCCCGACUUCAAUCAUGCUGCUCUUCAACACUAGCAUGAACAUUCUUUUAGUAGCUUAUGUCAUAAAUACCUGCCCUUGAUUUGACUACUUCACCUAAUGUAUAAAGCUCAUGUAAAAAAACACAAAGUAUACACACUAAAUGUAGUACACAUGUAAAUGUGGUGGAUAGAGAGUGUGAUUAUUUAUUUAUUUAUAUUAUUAUUUAUAUUUAUAUUUAUCGUCUGGGAUUCAGGCCGGUCCUAACAGGAAACGUGACAAAGGGAAGCAGCUGUAAUGGAGCCUUCUAACACCCAAUCAGGUCUGGAGGAGGAAUGUCACAUAAAGAUUCAGAGAUGCUAUGAGUAUCUUUUGAAGUUACUCUCCAGUUGUAUUCCAUUUGAAUAAAUACAGACAUGAAAAUGCUGGGCUACGGAUGUGACCUUGGUUCUGUGAGUAGAGUAACGGGUCACCAAACAACCUAUGGGAACUCCUUCCCUUUAUCGUGAUGUGAUUGAGAUGCUUAAUAUCAACGAUGUUUACAAUGACGCCACACCCUUACUGUACCAUUGUGACCUGUCACUAUUAAAGGAUGUGUGACGUGA